AGUUGCUUACGUUCGGUUCGUUCGCAUUUCUUCUCUAUCUUAUAUAAUAUUAUAUUUUCUCCUAAAUCAAUUUUUUCACUACCAACAACAACAACAAUAAUAACAACUCAACUAUUCUCAACUCGCGUCAACCUUAACUUAACUUUCUCAACCAAAAAAAAAAACUACAUCUCUACCACUACAACUCUGUCAACUUUCCGUUUUUAAACUGAAAUCUACCAAAAAACAAAACAUUUAUUUUCGACUCGACCAUCGAACAAGUUUUGUUUCCAAACCAAAAAAAAAAAACCGAGGAGAAAUUGGCCAGCCAAAAACCAAGAAAGGAAAAGGAUACCCCCAAAAAAAAAAAGGAUAUCCCCCCCGUUAUGUUUUGAGUCCGAUUCCGUGUUAAAAACAAACGUAAACGUAAACGCAAAUGUAAAUGUAAAAAUCGAUAAGCCACACGCAGCCAGCCAACUGAACGCGAACGUGUCCGUGUGUGUUCCGUGGAGCGAGGGGAGGACGGAGAAGACGGGGGGUACUGACCAAAAAUCGGUGGCCCUGGCCAAAAACGCAAAAACUCCGGCCCAACAAAAAUAAAAAAAAGAAACGAAAAAAACACGAGAGAAAGAGCAGAAACUCCAGCCCAAAUGACGGAUACGGGUCUGACAACGAAUCAAGCGCCGAAAUGUGUGAAGUGGCUGUGAAACCCGAGGAAUCCUAACUAAAAAACAAAAAAAAAACCAAAAAAAGGAAAACCAAUUUACAAUAAAAUGCAAAUUACUAAGAAUAUUUAACCGAAACACUCCACACCACACACCACACACACACACAUGAAAACACACUCGGCAGGAUAGCAGAAAUGCCAGGCCUGAAACUCAACAACAACAAGCUGUACGACUAAAACUUUAAGAGAUCUUUCGGCGAGCCAAACUCUAUAUACAAUAUAUAUAUAUAUUUUCACAUGCGAGAUAACAACAGCAACGUUUCCUUUCCGCUUUUGCCACAAAUAAUACCCCCUGAGACGGUCUUUGCUCGCUCGAAAAUCGCCACUAGCUUCAGCACUUAGCCCUCUAAGAUCUACUAACUGGAUCCUGAACCCAGCCAAAUCUUCAUAACUCUAACCUCAACUAAGAAAAGGAAGACCAGAAAAUGCCGCGCUGCCUGAUAGCCAAGAAGUGGAAGGCCUAUCCCUGGUUGGACCGGACGGAGGAUAAUACUAGCCAGCAGCAGCAGCAGCAACAUCAGAGUGCCACCAACUCCUCCAGAGAUCUUGAGGAGCUGCAUCUCAAGUCCAGACGUUCUACGCUGGAUGAGGAUGAGGAAAUCGAUGUGGUGGGCGAUAAAUUCCUGAUUAAGCUGGAAAAACAACGCACAACAGCAGAUGCAGCAGCAGCAACAGCAGCAGCAGCAGCAGCAACAUCCUCGGAAGCAGCAACAUCGCACAGCAGCAGCAGCAGCAACAUGGAGGCCGCGACGACGACAACAUCGAAGUGCUGGGGCCCCAGUUCACCCACGGCGGGCACUACGGCUCCAAGUCCGCCUCCUCAUUCCCCGGAGGCGGCGACGCGAGUGGCCGGCAAUGUUUACAACGGAUACACCCGCGAAUUGUCGCCGCUGCACUACACCGCGUACCUGCCCCGCAUGGAGAGCGAGAUAACCGUGAUCCGAGCCGCGGCCACAGCCCUGGUGGCAGCCAGAUCCUCCUCCGGAAACGGAAGUGGAGACCAGCACCUGGCCGCCUACCAAACACCGCCCUCGUCCACCACUUCAUCACCCUCCUGCUCGCCCAGCGGCGCCGGCGAUCGGUACAGUCCGCUCUCGAGUGGCCAGACCUCCAGCGAAAGAAAGUGCUUCAGCAGUACAGGGGCCACACUGUCGCUGCCGCCAAAGAAGAAGGACAUCUACAGGCCGUACUCACUGGAUGACAAGCCGGCGCACGGGUAUCGGAGAAGGACUCCGGCGGAGGAGGACCUGCAUGCGGCACAUGCUAUCCUGGAUCUGAGUGCCAGCACAGCCUUCCACCCGCCCACGCAGCCUCACCAGCUGCAGCAGCAGCAACAGCAACAGCAGCAGCAACAUCACCAUGCACAGCAGCAACACCUUGCCCCGCAGCAACACCAUUACUUGCCACUGCAGCAGCAACAGCCGCAGCAGCAGCAGCAGGCACACCACACCCACUUGCCAGCUCUCGAGGCGCAUGCGCAUCUGCGCAGCAGUUCCAUUGCCGAACUUGCAGCAGCGGCCAGUGUGGUAAAUGAGCAACGCCCCGCCAGCAAUGCCUCGAGUGCCAGCAGCAAUCACAUGCCCAGCAGUCCCAGCAGCAACUCGAGCAGCAGCAGCAGCACCAGUGGUCAGGUGCAGAACGAGAACAGCAACACGACCAACACGAAUCAGGAUGGCGAAUGCCUCCAGGAUGGGGAGCAUGGUGGCGGAGCAUCUGGAGCAUCGGCCAAAACGGUGGCCUACACCUACGAGGCCUUCUUCGUGAGCGAUGGUCGCUCGAAGCGCAAGCAUGUGGCGGAUCCGGCAGCCGCCUCCAGCGGAGUGCCCACUCCUGACCAGCAGAAGACCAAGUACACCUGCUCCGAGUGUGGCAAGCAGUAUGCAACCUCCAGUAAUUUGUCGCGCCACAAGCAAACACAUCGCUCGCUGGACUCACAGUCGGCCAAAAAGUGCCACACCUGUGGCAAGGCCUAUGUUUCGAUGCCCGCCCUGGCGAUGCACUUGCUCACCCACAAGCUUUCACACAGUUGUGGCGUCUGUGGCAAGCUGUUCUCCCGACCCUGGCUGCUCCAGGGACACCUGAGAUCCCACACGGGCGAGAAGCCCUAUGGGUGUGCGCACUGCGGCAAGGCCUUUGCGGAUCGCUCCAAUCUUCGGGCACACAUGCAAACCCAUUCGGUGGACAAGAACUUCGAGUGCAAGCGAUGCCACAAGACCUUCGCUUUGAAGUCGUACCUCAACAAGCACUUGGAGUCGGCCUGCCUGAAGGACGAGGAGGAGCUGAUGAUGUCCAUGUCGCUGUCCAUGCACGAUAGCAACAGUGAGAGUGGGGCAAGUAUGGCCUCGUCGCCGCCACACGAGUUCCUUGAGCGCGUGAAACUCGAGGGCAGUGGAGGACCCACUUAUGCCAUGUAAGCAUAAAACACAGGGGGGUGCCAAAGAAGUCUCUAGAGUUUCGAAAUUCCUAACUAAAAUAUGAUAAUCCGGCUCGUAGGACCAACAUGUAUAAAGAAAGAAAUGGUCGAGGGUUCAAAAUUUAAGAGAUUUCUGUGGCAUUGCCCAUACAAAAGAGGAAGGAUGUGCUGUAACUGCAAAGCUGGUUAGUUAAUUUACCGUUAAUGUUAAAGUUACCGUUACCAUUUACAACUAGGUUAACCGAUAGCCGUUUUUAUAGAAGAUACAUACAUCACAAUACGUCCAAGAGCAAAGUGUAGUAGAGUAACACAGAGACUGUAGAAAUUCGCAUUAGGCAGCCAAGCAACAAAAUACUCAAUGGGUGUGCUCCCGAAAUCUCUCUGGCGAUUUGAAAACUCCUUUUUUCAAGGUGCCUCCAAAAGUAUGCAAAGGAAACUUACAAAUUCGAAGAGAGCUUUCGGGAACACCCCCAUGUUAACCAACUCAAAAUGGUUCUUCUUUUAAACUUAAGUGAGUUGAACAUUCCUUAAAACCUUACACAUUCCAAAAACGAAAAAAAACACACAAGACAACACCCCAAACACACAGAGAGCCUUGUGUAUGAGGUGCUAAAGCCACAUGCAUUCCGAGAACCUGAAGAAAUCUAAGCAAUUCUAGCAGCUAUCUUAUCUAUCUUAAAACUUACCAAAACAAAAGCAAAACACACACAUAGAGUACUAUAUUUAAAUGCAUAUAUAGAGUGUACUAUAACCUGUAGCUAAACCAAACAAACGAACGUUUUAAUCUACCCACUCUCUCCAACUAACUCUCGAAGAACACUCUCCUCUAGCUAACUCUAACUCUAACUCUAACUCUUACUCGAACAAUAUCUCCCUACUCUCUAUCUCUAUCUCUUUAAUCGACAACGUUGACGACGACGACGAAGUGAUUAAAAUUAAUGCAACGAAUACAAAAGCAAAUGCAAUGUUUCUCAAACAACGAAUUAGGACUUAAGGGCAGCCUAUCUAUAAGCAGUAAUUACGAGUGCUAGCCACUAAGCAAUUUUAAACUAAGUCACACGAAAGCGACAUUUAAGCACUCAACAAUUUUUAGAUUCGAUAUAAAGACAACGAUACAAAUUAAUCAAAAAGCAACCAAGCAAGCAAGCAACAAUUAACGAAACGCAAAGCAAUAUUUAGUCGGGUGUUGCGAACCGGUUCAAGUGGGAGCGGUUCAAGAUCGAAUGUUAACAAACCGAAACUAGAAAACAACAAGGACCAACUGAAACUCCCCGAGAACUGGUUGUGUAAGCCUCAUAUUAACCCUUGUAGAAAGCAUCACGAUCACGUUUAUAUAGGUCAAGUCCCCCAAUUAGUUCACUCCGAAAUUAAAUCAUUUAUGGCUAGAAGAGCAUUGCAGAAGUCACAGAGGGCGGUUCGAGAGACCUAAACCUUAUUUUUUUGGGCGCUUUUUUCCUCAGUCAAUUAGCACUGCUACCCAGUGAAUCAUUUUUUAUUUUAGUCUUUAGUGAAGUGAACAUCUAGUCGCUGUUUAACAGCAAAACUCACUUAUUUAAUACCAAAGCCAUUCCCAGUUUUUUAGUAUCCACAAACAUUGCAUUCCGUUCAAGGCCCAAUUAGGAGUACAACCAGCGAAUAAGACCAAAGAAAUCGGGGGAACCCAAAAGCCCCAAGUAUUCGAUCGCAUACAGAGAGAACCCCUCAAUCGCAGAACAGAGCAGAACAAAUAUCGAGUGUGAUCUAGUCUCAAGCAUUUAACAGUACACUUCGUCCAUGCGUGAAUAAUACUUUUGCACUUUUUCGACACUUAACCGACCUAGUACGAUAUUACUUAGCCCUAUAUUAUGUAACUGUAACUCAUAUUCAUUCAUUCAAUCAUUUACUCAUCCAUCUUCAUACUCACACAAAAGCUCACAUACACACACAACGUCAUUCAAUCGCUGCACAAAUCUGUAAAUAUUAGGAUAUAUAGCGUAUACAUCAGCAUUAUAAUCAUUAACUGAAAUCAGCUUCAGCAACCGAUCUCAAAGAGGAAGUGGGGAAAGAAGUGCAACGAACAUUUUGUAGCCCUAGUCGUAGCCAAGUUUAGAUGACCCAAAAACCAAACCAAAGUUGUUGGUAUUUCUAAGCGGGUAUCUGGGAAUAUGAAUAUAGAAGAUAUAUACAUCUAGAAUACGUAUGUAGUUGCGUAAUAUUUACAAAGCAUAUAUUAUAUACAGCUAGGGUUAGUCUUCAGACAUGUACUCGUAAGUUAAACUAGUAAGUAUAAUCACGAAAUUAUUUUUAUACUGUUGUUCGGAGGAGGGAGCGUCGGACGAGAGAGAUGGCAACACUUUUAAGGAAUAAUAUUAAUCGAAUAAUCGAGACGAGAUCGCAAUCGGCAUCGACUAAAUCGGCUAAAGUACCAAAGCAAAUACUCAAACAUGAAAAUAAGAACCCCUGCAAACCGCAAGACAAAUUACAAUUACAAUUAUUUCAAUUACAACUACAAUUAAUUAUAUAUAAUAUAUAGCGUUAUCUAGAAUAUAGUAAACUAUUAUUUACGUAUCGUUUAUAAUUUAUCGAAGCGAGAAAUGUAAUGAAUAUUUAUGAAAUUUGCAUUAUGAGAAUGUUGAAUUGAAUUGAAGCCCGGCAAUAAUAUUAAAUUUUAAAAAUUUUGUAUAACAAUUGUAUAGAAGGCGAUGGAAAGUAAAGCAAUAACUUAACUUAACUAACAAGUUAAUCGAUUUAUUAGUCUUAAAGAAUACUGUAAGGUUGGAACUACUUACAAUUAGCAAUCGAAGCACACUUGUAAAAACGAUAAAACAAAGCAAAAACAAAUGGAAAAACGAGAAAAGCAAUUAUAAAGUUACAAAUAUACAAUACAUAUUAAAUAACCACACAUUUUACAAGCGAAACAAUGUUUUUUAUUUGUAAACCAAUUCGGAGUCUUUAUUAUUUCAACUGGCUUUUGUUGCUGAGUAAUUUUUGAUGGAUAUAAAACGAAGAAGAACCCAAAGCAAUUCGAAUAUUGUGAUAGUCCAAAUACACACUAACAAUUUUCAGAACUAUUCGUUAAUUUUGCUCAAAGGAAGAAGCAAAAAAGAGAAAUCAAAUUGAGCUCCAGAAACUUUUAAUAGUAAUAACGUGUAUCGAAAAGCAAUAAAAAGUAGUGGUAAAGAUUUAUAAAAACAGGCGGAGCAAAUAAGGGGGUGCAUAUUUUAAAAUUUGUAAAAGAAAAACUCUCUAUGAAACUACUAAUUAUACCCCCAGGCAUAUACAUUUACCUACUUGUAUUUGGAAAAGCUUUAGUCCAAAAUUAAGUUUUUCAGUUGUUCCAAUCACGCACAUACACAGAACCCAGAUCAUCCCAUGAUGUAUUGUUAAACCCAAGGAAAUUGUUAAAGUUGAUACAUUAGUAGCGUAGGACCCACAUAUAUACAUUUAAAUACAACCAUUUACCCUGUACAGACGCAUAAAUGGAACCAGCGCAACGCGAAAUGCAAUUGUUGAAUUCAGUAUUUGUAGCAUUAGGUUCAUGAUCCAUUGUUUCCAUUAUCUGUUGCUGACACCACCCCCAACUGAACAACCCAACAACCGAACAACCGAGCAACUGAACAACCGAACACCCAUGGCAACACAAUGUUGUGUUGUCCUUUUUGUGUCAAUGCAGUUUAACGAGCGCUCGUUAGGCGGACGCGAACAAAGGGAAAUGUAAUAAAAAAGGAGGUGAAUAAAAAAGGGGGUGGUACACCAGGGGUCUAAGCCACCCCCCCCACCAACCUCGCGGAAAUUGCAAAAAAAAUAUUAUGAAAGGGGGUGGUGUCCUUGCACGCAUUUAAUUCGAAAAAUUUAAUUUGCAUAGUUUGCAUUGAGCGUGAUUUAUUUAUUUACCAAAUCAAAAUCACAAAAACAUCACAACCCAUCCCCCCAACCCACACAUGUAUAAAUAAUUGAGCAAAAAAUAUAAAAGACUUGGCACGUUAACACUAAUAAUUCAAGAAUUGAACAUAACUAAUAAAGUCAUGAAAAUUAUAUAUAUAUAUAGCUGACAAAGAAUAAGCAAGCGAGAACAAAAAAUGAAAGACUUAACACUUUGAAUAUAUAUUAUAAUGGAGAAAAAGCUAUACUUAUUUACAGCUAUUGUAUUGUAUAUGGUAUAAUCAUAGUGAAUCGAAAGCAAAAGCAAUUAACAAGAGCAACAAAAACGCAAAACGAAAGCAAUAGAGCAUUAAGGUAACUAAAAAGUAUUAAAUCGCAUGUAUCUAUGAGUAAAUAUUUGGAAUUCGUUAUAUUAUUGCGAUAAGUAAGGCGAAACCCCGAACAUUUAUGGCACUAUACACUAUAUAUAUAUAGCAAAAAAAAAGAAUAUAAACAAUUUAGUUUACACGGGAAUAAAAAUCGAACGAAAAAUCGAACAAAAAGCGAAGAGAAACUCUGCAGAGACGCAAACAAAAAAAUAAGCAAUAACUUAUUAUUAACGAGCCGUAGGGAUUUUUGAAUUUAGCUGGCAAACGAUGAAUUGAUUAAACGAUUAUAACGAUUAUUAGUUAUCGAUAUACAGAUAUAUUAACAGGUAGAGUUGUUUUUUGCAUAUUGUUAUCGCAACUUUUGUGCUGCUUGACGAGACCAAUUGAUGUACUACUUUAUACAACGAAAACCAAGAAAACGAAGGAAACUAAUGAGAACUCAUCUUAUGUUUUUGCAUAGGUGCAUAUUGUUGCGAUAGAUAUACAAACCUAUUUUGGUCGAUUAUACAUUACACACGCCCCAGACAUACAUAGUUGAAAAACAGAAAACAGAGUUACUGCGUAGAGAUUAAAAGGUCAUUUUAACUUGUAUUUAGAGCACUCACACAUACAAACACGACACAAACACACAGACACAACGGUAGCAUUGUAGAAAAGUAGAGUUGCAAAAAAAAAUAUUAUUAAAAACCAAGAGCGAACAUAAAUUUAAGCUUACGAUUAGAAAACAACACAGCACCUUAGUGAGCCAGCAAAAAUAAAAUAUAAUGAAUUCUGUACCUAGAAAUACAAGAAACAUCUACACACAAACAAACACACACACACACGCAGGAUACUAACAAACAUUAAUUAUGUAUUUAAUUGCAUCGGGACAAGCUAAUCGAAUAUAUAUACAUAUAUAAAGCGAUAUAUGCAACUAUAAAUAUAUACACACAAGGACAAAAAUGCGUUUAUUAUGCGAUAUAUGCAAAACAUUCUACAUUAUUAAUUACGUGCAUUAUGUAUAUGACAUUCAUGUACAUAAAUGGCAGCGAAACACACACACACAAACAAACAUAAGGUCCUGGCUCAGGCUGUCAAUCAAGGAUAUUGGAGGGAGAAUCUAACAAGAAAAUCCCGACAUGCCUGAUUGGAGUCUCAGAUACCAGGAUCCGCCCUCGAAAGUCAAUUUUACCAAAUGGUCAAUUUCAAUUAUGACUCAAAUCGUUUCAUGUUUUUCAGUAGUUUUUAUGCUAAGUUGUUGAAAAUUGUGCAGCUAAUAAGACAGAACAGACAAACAACAAAAAAAGAAAACGAUGGGAAAUCGAUAAAGAAUUUAUGAAUGUCUUCAGUUUGAUUGCGUGGUUUCGACUAGAGUGCAUCAAUAAAUAUAUAAAACUUAUAUACGCAUUAAACGAGUAUACUAUAUAUUUUGUACUUAAUCAAUUGAUUUGUAUAAUCCAACCAAAAA